AUGGCUACAAAACUAGAACCCGAUUAUAAAACUAGAAUAGAAAUAUAAAUUUAAACACUAGUUAAAGGUUUAAUUAGUUCCAUGACUGAUUUUGAUGAAAAUGAUGAAAACUUUACUAUAGCCUUUGAAUACAUUAUAUCAAAUAUAAAAAAUCAUAGGUUCCUAACAGUUGAUAAAUUUAGAGUAAAGCGAGAGUUAAAUGGUUUACAAGAAAAGUUUGAGAUACAUCUUCAAAAGAAUAAGUCUGAAAAAUUGUAAAAAUUAGUUGAUAAAUUUAUGGAAAAAAAGCUAAAACCUCAUGUGCCAGAUAUUCAUUAUUCAAUCCUUCAGUUCUUGCUAUUAAUGUCAAAUAAUCCUAUUUCUUCACAUUAAGAGGGAGAUGAUUUCGACAAAAAAUAUUAAGCAAAUAAAGAAAAAUUGUAAACUUAAUAAAGCUUUCAAGAAUCUAUGAAAGCUGCAGAUCUUAAAUUUCAAAUUUAAAAUAAUUAAAUAUUAGAAAUGUAAAAGGCAUUACUUUAAAAAUAUGAUGAGGAUUACGUUUUUGAAAGCAGUAGUGAAGAAAGUGAGCUUGAUGAAGAGGAAUAGGACGAAAACGAACAAGAAGAAAUUGAAAAUGUUUCAGGAUUAAAUAAAGAAGAUAAAACAAAAUAUUUUAAUAAAAAUUCAAAUAUAUUUGAAUAAAAAAAGUUUGAUGUUUUUAGUAAUGAGAAUCAGUCAACUAAAAAACAAGGAAUAAUAAAAAAUAUAUCAAGCUUAUCAAAUGCAGAUAAAUCAGUUGAUUAAAGCAAAAUAGUUUCAUUUAGAAAUGCUAAUGAUUCUGGUAUUCACCGCUAAAAGGAUUCACUAUUAUAAGUUACUAACUUAAAUUAAAACGAUACGUAUGAUCAAGUAAAGUAAUAGAAUGAUAAUGCUUCCAGUGUAUAUCUAAGAGGUAUAUAAACGAAUUAAUCUUUUUGGAAUAUUACUCAAUAAAGUAUAUUAAAGAAAUCAUCAUUACAAAAGCGAAGCUAUGAGGAAUUCCUCUCAGAAUAAAAGAAGGAAGAAGAAAAGCAACUUUUUUUAGCAGCCAGAUAAUUUACUAAGAAUGAUUUAUUCAAAGAUCCUAAUAGUCUUGCUCAAAUCUAUGAAAAUUAUAUCAAAGAGAAUUUAAGUAGGACUGUAAAUACCUAGAUAAGCUCAAACGGAGAUUCCUAAAUAUAGUUGAAUCAUUGGAUAUACUAAAAUAAAACUGAGCGCUAAAUUAUAUAGGAUAUAAUUUUAAUGCUUUAAAAUUAACCAAGUUAAACCUUUGUGUUAGUUGAUGAGCAGCCCCCAUAAUUUAAGCUCAAAAAAAAGAUAUAAGUGAAUCACCUAACACCUUCAACUCUUGAAAAUAUGAUUGAUUGUUGCAUAGAUUUUGCAAAUUAGCUAUUAAAAUUUUAGUUUUACAGAGAAUAGUAUGAUAAAUUAGAAAUAGGAACUACUUUCUAAGCCUUUCUAGCCUCAAUUCAGGCAUUUUACUAAUAAUUCUAACAAUUUUUAAAUGCAUUUCAUUUAGUGUUUUUGCAUCAAUCUGCUUAAAUAAAGAGAAAUGAAAUUUAAGUCACUCUUGAAGAAAAAUAUAAGUUCAUGCUUGAUAAGACUGUUUCUUUGAUUGAAUUAUUUAAAGGUUUAAGGGAAUAUUAAAUGGAGAUGAGAAUGAUGAUGAACACUUUAGAAGGAGCUAUUGAGAUAUUUAAAAAGUAAAACUUGAAGGAACAAAAUACAGAAAUGAUUGAUGAAAGUAAUGCAAAUUAACAUGAGGAUAAUAAGAAUGUUUAGAGCUACAUAGCUUGCUAAGUCAUAGAUUUUUUAUAUUUUUAGCUAUAAAUUAACAGUUAACAUUAUUGCUAGUACUCUCAUUUAUAAUAACUGAACUGCUAGCUUUUUAUACUUUCAAUUGAGCCUUAUCUAUCCAUACUAAAUGAUUGGCUUCAUGGUGGUUUUUUUUAUGACAAAUACUCUGAAUUCUUUAUAAAAAAUAAUAUUAGAAACUAAAAUUAGCAGUAGACAUAAUAGAUUUAUUAGCAUAUUGAUCAUUAGAUAAACUGGGUCAAGGAUUUUUCGAUUAGACUUUAUCAAGUAGAGUAAUCUUAAAAUAAAAGUGCCACUCCUUAAUUUUUGUAAAAAUUUGAGUAGACAAUCCUUUAAAUUGGUAAAAAUGUAAGAUUAAUAGGGUAUAUUCUUAACGAGCAUGAUUAAAGAGUAUUUGUGGAACAAAAACUAAAAAUUGAAGAUAUAAGAGAAUAGAUAAAAAACUAAAUUUCUGAAGCUAUUGAGAGGAUAGAUAAGAGCUAAUAAAAUUCUGUAGAUAUAUGCAAUGAAAUACUAAAAAAUAAUUAGCAAUAACCAGAAAAGUAAAAUGUUUUAGACAUUGAAAGUGCAUAAAAUAAAAACUAAAUUACAUUAUAAUAAAAUAAUACACAUCAAUAAGAUAAAACCAAAGAUUAGCCAAAGCAAAUUUUAAAAAAUUUGAGUAUAUCCUCAAUAUUAAAAUAAAAGAACUAAUUCAAAUAAUAAAAAGAAAGAGAUAUCUUUUAGCUAAAAGAAUAAACUCAUAAUUUCGAUAAGAACUCUUUGCAUUAAUCAAUUAUUGUUGAUGAAAAUUAAAUGUAGGAAGAAUUAGAUAAUUCAAAAAUUAAGGACAACCCUUUUAACAUAUUUACAAUGAAUCAUAGUGAAAUAUUUAAUUAGUCUGUGUUCACGAUUUAAGAUUCAUUUUUAAAUCAAGUUAUUCCUGAGCUUAAACAAAUAAACACGAAUGUAGUCUAAAAGAACGAGAAAGUCAACCUAAAUAAAAAGAUAAAUUAGCUCCUAGAUAAAAAAGGAUUUACAAGCUAAUUCAUGAGGUUAUUUGAUUUAUCAAUAGAGUUUAGCAUAAAUUAAAUGGAUAGAUAAGUUAAGAAAUAUUUAGGAUCUAUUUUAAUGAAUGAUUUUAAACUGUUAGAGCAUUUUUAAGCUUUAAGGCAUAUUUAUUUUAUGGAAAACGGAUUUAUAAGCACUGAAUUUUUAAAUUACUUAUUUGAUAACUUAGAAACUUAUGAUACACUGAAAAACUCAUCUAGUUUAAAGAACUAUUUCAAAGAGCUAAUUACAAAUUCAAACUAGCCAUUUAUAAGAAAUCUAAGUGAGUACUUUUCAAUAGAAGUUCUUCAUGAUCCCGUUAACACUUAUCUAAAAAAUUUAAAAAUAAAAUUCGAUGCUCCUUACCCAUUAGAUGCGAUAUUCGAUCAAGAUUCUAUAUUCUUAUAUAAUCAUAUAUACUAGUUCUUACUCCUGUUAAAAAAAUCAUAGCAUUUCUUGCUUGACAAAAACUACUACUUGAAGAAAAUGAGAUUUUUUGAUGAUUCUAGGAUGAAGAAUAAAUUAAAUUUAUCUCAAAAAAAAUAAAAAAAUUUAAAAUCCUAAAAAAAUAUUUAUUCUGAUUCUGAUGAUGAUGAAAUUUACAGAGGAAAUAGCUAAAUGGAUGAAGAGGUAGACUUAGAAGAGUAAGCAAGGCUAAACAAGGAAAUUAAAAACAUAAAAUGGAAAAUGUGUUUGCUUUAAAAAUAAUUUUUGAACUUUACUAAUUCAUUUUAAUAUUCAACUUUUGUAAUUAUAAUUUAAGAAAUUACAUAGUAGUUUUUAAAUGAAGUAUCUUAAGAAUAUAAUAUUGCAAGCUUUAUUGAUAUGCACAAGCAAUAUUUAAAGAAGAUAGCUGACUUAUGUUUCCUUUCGAAAAAAACUGAAAAUAUUUUCCCAAUUAUAUCAAGUCUUCUUAAAUAUUGCUGUGAUUUUCAUGCUUUAAUUUAGAGACUUGAAGCAACCGAAACACUGGAUUUAUAUACCAUGAAGGGUGAAUUAUAAAGAAUAAAGUCUGAUUUUGCUUCCUUAAAAUAAAAUUUUGAUAGACACAAUAUUCUAAUAAUCAGCUUUUUGUAGAAAUAUGGCGACAUAGGACUAAAAUAAGAAUGGGUCCCUCUUAAUACAGCUUUAGACUUUAAUAAUUUUUACGUAAAAGAAGAUGAAAGAAAAAACUUGUUUGAUAAAAAUUUUUGA